CGACCCCGGGUCAUAACUCGUAGAGCUCCGACUCGUCGGCGUAGGACGCGACGGCCGAGUCCCGCGCCGGCGCCGAUUCGCCGAAGUCGAGCGCGGCGACGGGCGUCGGCGCCGCGGCCGCGGGGCUCCGCGCGACGGCGUCCGCGAGCUCGAGGCCCGCGUCCUUGGAGCCGGGCCCGUCGUCGUCGAAGUGCACCGGGUUGUAGACCGGCGUCCGCGGCGACGCCGCGGCGAGGUUCAGCGCCGCGAGCGCGGCCGCGAGGGCCAGGUUCGGCCGCCGCGGGUCGCCGCCCGACGCGUGGAGCCACCGCUUCAGGCACUCCGACGCGACGGCGGCGGCCAGGCCGCCGACGGACGCGCACGUGCCCGCGACGACGCCGAAGUGCUCCGGCGGGAAGAAGAAGCCCACGGACUCGUAGAGGUGCACGAACCCGAGGAGCCGCGCGGGCACGAAGAGCGCGACGGCG